GCCACACACCCGGCACAUGAACACGGAAGGGCGCAUUGAGCAAGUUGAACAGACCACUGCUCGUUGACCAAUCCACUGCCAACCUUCAACCACUGCCGCCUUCCUCCUCCUCCGUCGACCUUGCUGGGCAGCCAUGUCCUCGGGCUGCGCACACUUGGUAUUGCUUGCUCUCUAGCCACGCACACACGAGCCCCCGACCCUUGACCCUCGAUCUUGUCUCGAGCAGCUGUCGCACACGAUCGAUCCUGUCGGCCACAGGCAGACUUUGGCCGACCAUGUCGCUCGACCUCGAGAAACACCUCACCUUUUACGGUGCAUACCACUCGAACUCGGUCAACAUCGGCAUCCACAUUGUCUGCGUGCCAUUGAUCCUGUUCUCUGGCUUUACUCUCGCCUCAAACACUGGGGCGCUCUUUUACCUCCCGAGCUGGCUGACCAUCCCGCACCUCGAGCCGACCCUCGGCACGCUGGCCUCGCUCGCAUGGGGCGGCCUCUACCUGCUGCUCGAGCCCGUGGCCGGCACGCUGCUGGCUCUCAUCUGUCUGGGUGCCGCGGCCACUGGAAACUAUCUGAUCGAGGUUGACCAGGCGGGCACCACCAAGGCGGCCCUGGCUCUGCACAUCGUGUGCUGGAUCAUGCAGUUUAUCGGCCACGGAAAGUUCGAGGGCCGCGCCCCCGCCCUGCUCGACAACUUGUUCCAGGCCAUCUUUCUCGCCCCGCUCUUUGUCUGGCUGGAGCUGCUCUUUGCUCUCGGCUACCGUCCCGAGCUCCAGGCCCGCGUCCGCAAGGCUGUUCAGAAGGAGAUUGCCAAGUACCGCGCCACCAAGGACGCCGCGACCAAGAACGGCAAGGCGAACUAGUUCCAACUCUCAAGGUGCGGCGGGGUGGGGGUCGGCUUGGGAAGCCAUAUGCCAGCGCGAGGUCAAGAGGAGAAACUGCAGACGACCGGCCUCGGGGCUUGUCGAUCCCCAAGCACGAUCCGCCACGGCAUCUAUUCUCUAUUCCAGGUUUGGAGAAGCCUUUGAUCUCGUAUGGACUCAUCAACAUGCCUUUCCUGGUCCGCCAUCUGUCUUGUUCGGAGGGGGCCUUUACAGCCUCGACUAGGGUGCCUUGGUUCCCGAGCUCUACAUGUUUUGACGUCGCGUGCGUUGCUUGAUGGCGAGCCCCUCACUGUUGAGCGAGGGCUAUUUUGCGCACUCCACAUGGGCACCGUAGCCGUUCCUCGAGGAACGCUGCCUCGCCGUUACGCCUCGAGCCUCCCAAGGGGCUGGAUGCCAAGAUUGCUGCGACGAGCCGAAAGAUUUGUCUUGGCACAACGAAGGGCUUAAUUACCCAAAAACACAGAUAUGUCACUGUUUGUCAAGGUGGACUCGUUGGAAGAUGACAGGUUUGGAUGAAACAGGAGAGCGGGACUUUACUAAGCAGCAGUGUAGCAUGCCUGGCAGUCAUGUUUUGAAUAACGUUGGCAAAUAUCACUAUAUUUCAACUAUAACUUUUUUGGGGCUUGACGAUGACGAUUUCUA